GUCUGAUCGCAUGCCAAAAAUUGAUUUAAGCAAAAUCAAAAAGACGGAUUUAGACUUCAUAAAGCAAAUAGAAAAACAAAAUCAAGAGAGAGUGCUGAAAUUAAAAAAGCUUAGAAGGACCAAUUUGCUUACUGCUGGGUUGUUAACGGCUGGUAUUAUCAGUAUAUAUGGGUAUUCCAUGUAUGCUGUGAGACAAGAGAGUUUUCUAGACGACUUUGAUGAACCGGCUAAAACUACUCAAUAAUGGCUGCAAAUGUACAACAUAUUCGUUUGCCCCCUUUACCUACUAUUAGAGAUUUAGUUAAGUUAUAUCGUCUUCGAGCUCUUAGACAAUUAUCACAGAAUUUUUUAAUGGAUGAAAGAAUCACUGAUAAAAUCAUACGGGCUGCUGGCCCUUUAACAAAUCACUAUGUUUGUGAAAUUGGACCUGGACCUGGAGGUAUUACCAGAUCAAUCCUCAAAAGGAACCCCAGAAAACUUAUUGUAGUUGAAAAAGAUCCAAGAUUUCUUCCAACUUUAGAGUUAUUACAGGAGUGCAGUAAGGAUGUUACUGAUAUGAAAAUAGAGAUUGCUGAUAUAAGAACAUAUGAUCUUCAGAAGGGUUUUGAAGGAGCACCUAAAAUGGAAUGGCAGCAUGCUCCUCCUCCUGUUCAUUUAAUAGGGAACCUCCCUUUUAGUGUUUCUACGAACUUAAUUAUUCGAUACUUACAGUCAGUGUCAGAAAAAACAUCAGCUUGGCACUAUGGUAGGUCAUCAAUGACCCUAACAUUUCAAAAAGAAGUGGGAGAAAGAAUGGUAGCUCCCAUAAUGGACAAACAGAGAUGUCGUCUGUCUGUUAUAUGUCAGAUGUGGUGUGAUGUUCAGUAUAAAUUUACCAUCCCUGGUAGAGCCUUUGUACCUAAACCUGAUGUUGAUGUCGCUGUUAUGACUCUCGUGCCUUUAAAAUAUCCUUUGGUGAAACUUCCUUUUAAACUGGUCGAGAAAGUGCUCAGAAAUAUAUUUAAUAUGAGACAAAAGUAUUGCAUCAGAGGUGCAGAGAGGUUAUUUCCUGAAGACAGAAGGAACGAAUUGGGUAAUAAACUUUUACAAUUAGCCGAAGUGGAUCCCACAACCAGACCUUUUCAGAUAAGUAAUGAAGAAUUUGUUAGGAUAUUUUAUGCUUAUAACUUACUGUGUGAAGAAAAUCCAGGACUUGAGAAUUAUGAUUCUAGAGCACCAAAAAGGAAAUUGUUAGAGGAGCCCGAAGAGUAGUUAGACGAUAGGUUUAAUAUGUUCAUUUUGAAUAAAUUUUAGUUGUU